AUGGCGACCCGCGCCGGCAGCGUUCCCGGCUUUAAAAAUCUGACAGCCGAGCGCGGCCGAAGGUGGCUCCUAGAAAUGGUCCAGGGGGAUGUUGCAGUCCCUGAGGAGCUCUCCGGGUGCAAUGGCCUCCAGCGGCACGCGGGCUGCCCCUGCGUCACCGCCUCCAUGGACGACAUCUACUUCGAGCACACCAUCAGCGUUGGGCAAGUGGUCAACAUCGAAGCCAAGGUGAACCGAGCCUUUAACUCCAGCAUGGAGGUGGGCAUCCAGGUGAGCCACGAGGACCUCUGCAGCGGGCGGCAGUGGAGCAUGUGCAAGGCGUACGCCACCUUCGUGGCGCAGGGCUCGGCCAGCGGCAAGGUGAAGCUGAAGACGCUGAUCCCGCAGCAGGAGGAGGAGCAGAUCAUGGAGGUGGGCGUCUGCGCCGAGGCGUACGGGCAGGAGAUGGCCACGAGCCGGCGCCACAUCAACAGCGCCUUCAUGACCUUCGUGGUGCUGGACGACGAGGGCCGGCCCCGCGCGCUGCCGCUGCUCGCGCCCGAGCCCGAGGAUGGAGAGAGGAGGUACAGAGAAGCCAGCGCCAGGCAGAAGAUUCGGCUGGACAGGAAAUACAUCGUGUCCUGCAGGCAGUCCGAGGUGCCGCUCUCCGUGCCCUGGGACCAAAGCAACAAGGUUUAUCUGAGCUACAACAAUGUCUCUGCACUGAAGACUCUGGUGGCGAAAUCAAACUGGGUCCUUGCCAGAGAAAAGGAGAAGGUGAGGAUGUACACGCUGGAGGAGGACCAGUUCCUCUCCUUCCGCAUGGAGAUCACGGCCCGCAUCUCGGCGGCGCAGGCCUUCUCCCUGCUGUCCGACCUGCGGCGGCGGCACGAGUGGGACAGCCACUAUGUGAGCGCCGAGCUGGUGCAGCAGGUGGACCAGGACGACGCCAUCUACCACGUGGUGAGCCGCACGCCCAACCUGGAGAACAAGCCGCAAGACUUGGUCAUCCUGGCGUCCCGGCGCAAGCCCUGCGACAAGGGGGACCCCUACGUGGUGGCCUUCCGCUCGGUGACGCUGCCCACGCACCCUCCCACCCCUGCCUUCACACGCAGCGAGACGCUGUGCUCGGGCUUCUGCGUUUGGCCGGAGACGGAGGAGAUGAGCAAGGUGGCCUACUACAACCAGGCCACACCAGCCUACCUCAAGUAUGUGACCACCAACAUCGUGGGCCUCUCCUCCAACUUCUACGCCACCUUCAUGGCCUGCGAGAAGUUCCUGCUACGGGACAACCUCAUCCUGCGGCUCCAGGAUCUCUAGCGGUCCCUG